GAAACUAUGUUAACCUUUUAUGCUCUCUUCAUUCAGGACCAGGCAUUGAUGUCCCUGCCCCUGACAUGAGCACCGGUGAGAGAGAGAUGUCCUGGAUUGCCGACACCUAUGCUAACACUAUUGCCCACACUGAUAUCAAUGCCCAUGCCUGUGUGACUGGUAAGCCCAUUAGCCAGGGUGGGAUCCAUGGCAGAAUCUCGGCCACUGGUCGUGGAGUCUUCCAUGGCAUUGAGAACUUCAUCAAUGAAGCCUCCUACAUGAGCAAAGUGGGCCUGACCCCUGGAUUUGCUGACAAAACCUUUAUUAUUCAGGUAUAUGCCCGUGCUUAGAAUCGUUGGAUAACUGACCUGUUGGUUAUAGUAAUUGGCCGUUUUUCUGUUGUAUAGCGUAUCUGGUUAGAUUAUCUGGAAUAAUAUGCUGACUGUUUUAACCAGUCCAAAAGGAGAAGAGUUCAUCCGUCGUCAGCAACUAGUCGAUCUUUCAUUUCCCUUGAGAUCAUGUGCCACAAAGACUCAACGCCACUAAAACACAAAUCCCUGCUCUGUUUAUUUCACUGCAGAUGUCCUCUCUAAGAUUAAGGAUCAGAGGCAAAUGAACAAAACCGGCAGUUUUGUCUUUAGGUUCUGAUGAAGUUCAGUCUUAAUCACAUUGUGGUGAAAUCUCUCUCGAGUCAAUCAGUGUUGUAAGCGGGGGAGAAGAGAGGAGGGCUCUGGGUUUACUCUCUCUUGGUUUACUGUAAUGUGUAGGGAGGUGGGGGGUUGUUAUGGAUUUACAAUGGCACAGAAGGGAUGGCCUAGUCAUUUGUGUAAUCAGAAUCAGAAUCAGAAUCAGAAGAGCUUUAUUGCCAAGUGUGCUUGCACACACAAGGAAUUUUCUUUGGUGUUGGAAGCUUCUAGUACAGACAU